GAACAUUAUAGGAAUGAUUUCCCCCCUUCCGUAUAUUAGGGUAAUAAAAAGUACUGAAAUAUAAAUGCUGCCGGCUUACUGACUGUUAUCGCGGCAGCUCAAUCCUUUCUCACCGAUCAGGUGUGGUGAUGGAUUCCCAGCUUCUGUGCUUUAACCGGAGCAACUUCUUAAUUAAGCCGUACUCGCCCAUUCAAUUUCAACUGGUUGGCGCUCCAUUGUUCACUCUUCGACCUUCUUAUCUUCAUUUUCGAGGAGGGUUAACUUUGAACAGGGUAAGGUGUGCCAUGAAGUCUUAUCAGUUAUCUGAACUCACUCGUACAGAAGUUGAGAGCCUGAAAGCUCGUCCACGAAUUGAUUUCUCUUCAAUUUUUAAUCUGGUGAACCCCAUUGUUGAUGAUGUACGCAGCAGAGGUGAUGCCGCUGUUAAAGAUUAUACUGAAAGAUUUGACAAAGUCAAGUUGGAGAAGCUCGUUGAUAAUGUAGCUGAGCUUCCUGAUCCAGAGCUUGAUGCAGCUGUUAGGGAAGCAUUUGAUGUGGCAUAUGACAACAUAUAUGCAUUUCACCUUGCUCAAAAAGGAGCAGAAAAAAGUGUUGAAAACAUGAAAGGUGUUAGAUGCAAACGGGUGGCAAGGAGCAUUUCUUCUGUAGGUCUCUAUGUUCCAGGGGGCACUGCAGUUUUACCUUCAACAGCUCUCAUGCUUUCAAUUCCUGCGCAAAUUGCUGGGUGUAAAACAAUUGUUCUUGCAACUCCUCCAAGUCAGGAUGGCAGCAUAUGCAAGGAGGUACUGUACUGUGCCAAGAAGGCUGGUGUCACUCACAUUCUUAAAGCUGGAGGAGCUCAGGCUAUAUCGGCCAUGGCUUGGGGGACAGAAUCAUGCCCUAAGGUUGAGAAGAUUUUUGGACCAGGAAAUCAGUAUGUCACAGCUGCCAAAAUGAUUCUCCAAAACAGUGAAGCAAUGAUCUCAAUUGACAUGCCAGCUGGACCUUCAGAAGUUUUAGUCAUUGCUGAUGAAUAUGCCAGUCCUGUUCAUAUAGCUUCAGAUUUACUUUCCCAGGCUGAGCAUGGACCUGAUAGCCAGGUAGUUCUUGUUGUUGUGGGGGAUGGUGUGGAUCUGAAAUCUAUUGAAGAAGAAAUCAGUAAGCAAUGUCAAAGCCUUCCAAGGGGAGAAUAUGCUUCGAAAGCACUGAGCCAUAGUUUCACUGUAUUUGCUCGUGAUAUGGUUGAGGCCAUCUCCUUUUCAAACUUAUAUGCACCUGAGCAUCUGAUUGUUAAUGUAGAAGAUGCAGAAAAAUGGGAGAGUUUUAUUGAGAAUGCAGGCUCUGUUUUCUUGGGCCAAUGGACGCCAGAAAGUGUUGGAGAUUAUGCAAGCGGGACAAACCAUGUCCUCCCGACAUAUGGGUAUGCAAGGAUGUACGGUGGAGUAUCCUUGGAUUCUUUCCUCAAAUACAUGACUGUACAAUCUUUGACAGAGGAAGGUCUGAGAAAUCUAGGUCCGUACGUGGCAACCAUGGCUGAAGUUGAAGGGCUGGAAGCCCACAAGAGGGCAGUAACUCUCAGACUCCAGUAUAUUGAAGCCAGGAGCAAGUUCAGAAUGUGAGGUAAUCUAAUAAGCCUGUAGUAAAUUCAGGAAAGCUACCGGACUUUCAACCAGAACUUGGGUGAUUUUUAUAUCACUGAUUUAGGGUGUAAUAUGUUUAUUCCCUGUGUUUGGUCAAUAGAUGGAACUACUGGAGGGUCAUCUAUUUCCUUAGGUUUUAAUUGAAAAGGUUGCAUGCCCUUUGUAUUUUGUAUUCCAAUUUCUCUGGGCUAAGGCAGAUUUCAGUUACUAGAACAGUGAAGCGAUGCCUUUUUCCAACUUUUGCAAGUGUGUGCUGUGGUUCCAUUAUAUUUUUAAUAAAUUCAGCCAUUUGUUCAA